AUGGGUGUCCAUGGUCUUUGGCAACUGCUAAAGCCAUCUGGCCGGCCAGUUACUCUGGAAAAUUUGGAAGGCAAGGUUCUUGCCAUUGAUGUCAGUGUAUGGCUUCAUCAGGCAUCCAAAGGAAUGAGAGAUCGCUUUGGCAACCCUGUGCCAAAUGCCCAUCUUGUUGUUCUCUUUAAAAGGAUUUGUAAACUGCUUUUCUACAGAAUAAAGCCCAUUUUUGUUUUUGAUGGAGGCAUACCAAUGCUGAAGAAACAAACUUUGGCACAUCGCCGAGAGCAGAAAGAAAUAGCUGCUGAGGAAUCCGAUCGCAUUUCAGACAAGAUUCUCAAAAACCUUCUAAAGCAGCAACUCUUGAAAGAAGCUGUUCAGAAAAAGGAGAAAAGCAAGAAGAAGGAAGAGAUGCCAUCAGUGUCAGUGUGUGUACCUCGUCAGCCAAAGCAGAGGGACAUGUUUGAGUUGGAGCCACUGCCAGAGGCGAAGCAGCGUUACUUAGAUGAGUUAGAAGCUGAAACUCCGUGGGAAGAUUUUGGUCAUUAUACAAUUCAUGCUUCUCAUCAAGAUUUAAAUAAAAUCGAUACGGAGUCUGAAGAGUUUAAAAACCUGCCUCCAGAAAUCCAGCAUGAGUUACUCCUCGAAAUAAAGGAAUCCAUGAAGCGUACCUCAUGGACUCGAAUUGACAAGAUGCCCAAGAAAGCAGAUGAUUUCUCCAAUUUCCAAAUGAAAAAAAUUCUAAAACAAAGCUCCCUCACCACCAAACUUGAUUCUGUCCGCAAUGAAAUGAAUAACCAAAACUCUGGGAAAAUUGCCAAGGAAUUUGGAUGUGCGAAUUCUAAUUCUGUUGUUGUGCAACAGCUGGCAUCAGAAGAUGAUUCACAUUUUAUUUUUGUUAAGGGUCUCCACAAACAAAAUGUUCUGGAAUUGGUUUCUGAUGGCAGUGAUGAAGAUUUCCUCGAUGUAGCAGAAGUUUCAGCAAGCUCUUUGGAAGAUACAUAUUCAACCAGUCUGGUGCCUGACACGAAACCUGAUGUACCUUCAGCAUUCCAGGAUGUGGACAAAUCUGAAGGAAAAGAGUUACCUGAUGAUGUGGCUGCAGUCCACACUCUGCCUGAUGAAGAUGAAAUGGAAGACAGUGUCCAGACAUCUCAAGAACCCAAUCAAUUUGAAGGAAUCAGUCAAGAAAAUAUUAGAGACUUUCAAAUUGAAUUAGAAGCUGAACAGGAAACUUUACAGCAAGAACGUGGAAAACAGGAACGGUUGGCAUCUUCUAUCACAGACCAAAUGUACUUGGAAUCACAGGAACUGCUACGAUUGUUUGGAUUACCAUUUAUCACCUGUCCAAUGGAAGCAGAAGCCCAAUGUGCUCACCUUGAUAUAACGAACCAAACUGAUGGCACUAUAACUGAAGACAGUGAUAUUUGGUUGUUUGGUGGCAAGAAAGUCUACAAAAAUUUCUUCAACCAGAACAAACAAGUGGAAUUUUAUUCCUACACAGAAGUUAAGAAUUCAAUUGGUCUUAUUCGUGAACAGAUGAUCAAGAUUGCCCUUCUUUGUGGCAGUGACUACACCCCAGGGAUUCAAGGAGUAGGACCAGUCACAGCUUUAGAAAUUAUGGCUGAAUUCCCUGGUGAACACCUUAAAGGACUUGAAAACUUUAGAAAAUGGUGGCAUACCACCAGAAACCAGGUCAAGGUUCCCCAAGAAGUUAAACUGAAAUCAAAACUCCGACAACUUGAAAUUCAUGAGGGUUUUCCAAAUGCAUCAGUAGUUGAUGCUUACAUGAACCCAACAGUUGAUACCUCUGAGGAACCUUUCUCCUGGGCUAUGCCAGAAUUAGAUGAACUCCGAAUAUUCACAUCGAACAAGAUGGGUUGGCUCAGAUCAAAAACUGAUGAGGCUCUUUUACCUGUGCUUGCACAAAUGAACAAACCUGCCCAGCCACAACUGCAGAUCACUGACUUUUUUUCAUCUGCACCUCGUCCAGAAAUCAGCCCAGAGAAAUGCAAAAGCAAACGAGUGAAACGAGCUCUCCAGCGCUGUCUGCAGCAUGUGGCUUUAUGCCCAGAGCCAUCAACUUCACUUAAUGAGGAACGCAUGAAAAGAGCUAAGGACAUCGUAAAAGAGAUGAGAAAGACAGGAACCAUGCCUAAAUGUCCUUCCAAAGCCACACAGGGUCAGAGAAGAGGCAUGCCAUCUGCUCAAAGGGGUCAGAGACGUGGCGCUAAGGUUGCACGUACCAUUGAAGUGAAAGAUGAACUCUCUCUUUCAGAAAGCAGUUCCUCAAAUGAAGACUGA